GAAAUUAAAUCGUCACGACACGUCACGUCCGCCUCCAAAUCAAAACAAACGAGCGUGGAUUAAUUGAAUCAAUUUUUAAUCUAGAGUUAAAGUCCCGACUGAAAUCACUACUUUUAAUUAACAACAGAAAAUAAAACAAAUGUCUGCAUUAUUAUAAAACCUUUCCCCCUCUAUUUAAAUAAUGAUUUCACUAUUUAAAUGUGUCUUUAUUGGUUUAUUUUACUUUAUAUUCUGUAUAUUACUGUCUUUCAUUUGUACUUUCCUUUAUGUACUGUAUGUUAUUUAGUUAUUUAAUCUGUCUUUUACUUGAUUUACAUUGUGAUAUUGUUUUUUGUUUACCUGAUUGUAUAUGCGCAUUACUCUUCUUGAAUAAAGCUAAAAAAAAAAAACUAAAAAAAAAACGGGUGAAUGCGGCCGGUUCGGGAAACGUAAAUGACGUCACUUCCAUACUGAAUGAAUCAGAAGAAGUAGGAACAAAUAUCUGCCUACUGAAUAGUAGAUACUAAACAGUAUACAGCACAGAUAGUAGGUACUGUCUACUGACUACUGACAGACUGAGUAGGUACUUGGCAAUUCGGAUACAGCCAGACUGAGGCGAAACUUAUUUCAAACACAAAUUCUAGUGACAAGUUAGUUUGCAAAUUCAUCAAGACUUCUGAAGUUCUCUCAGUAGUUUUUCUUUCGAAAUGGUGAAUUAUUGCUUAGUACCCGGAUGUUCAAUCAGAACAAGAGAAGGACAAGUAGUAAGUUUUCAUCACUUACCAGCUAGAGAUGUGGAGCGAUGCAAACAGUGGCUGCAGGCUAUCAACCACCCGAUGUUUGGAAAGGACACCGAAAUGAAACAGCUGAAAAACCACAGGGUUUGCAGUCUCCAUUUCAAGCAGGAAGACUUCGAACUCAAUGUCUUGGGAAUGAGGAAAACAGCUCUCAAGGACACCGCAAUCCCUUCGAUAUUCACCUUUCCAGAUGUGCCAUCCGGCUCCAAACGCACAAAACGAGUGCGCCGAAAGACUCCAACGACGUCUGCUGCUGAUGAUGAUGAUGAGGAACAAUGUCUGCUCACCUCAACACAGGACAAAAUACCUGCCUCUGUCCAAGCACAGUCUGUAACGGAGGGAACAGACGGCGAGUCCAUGGAGGCUGUUUCAGAGUCAGGAGCAUCAGUGGGUGGUGGAGAUCCAGAGAUUACACAAAGAGCCUUGUCUGAUUCCCCUGAUGAUGGAGCAGAGGAUGGCGCUGAACAAGAAAUGAAAAAGGAAGAAAUCGAACAUGCAGACACUGAGUCCGGUGUUGUUUCCUCUCCUGUGUCCCCGUCACAGGCGUCUUCCUUCACAGAAGAGACGGUCACCAAAGUCGUCGUUCAAGGGGAUGAAUCGGGAGGCUCAGACUCUGAAAAAGAGACUCCCGAGGUAAAGACUGAGGAAGAGUUUGAGUUAGAAGAAGAGAACGAGGGACUAAAAGACAAAAACUUAAAGGAAGCUCCUCGAGGGCCGAAUGACAGCACGGAGAAAAACAAGGAUGGAAAGACGGAGUCGAGUGUCGACGCACAGCUGGAAAAACGCUCUUUUGGCUGCAAUACGAGUGUGUCUGGAGCUGACGACCUCGAUGAGAUGAUGGACAUCGGUGCAGUGGACGAGGUGGAACAAGAAGCCCAGAUGAAAGAGGAGGAAGAGAAUAGUUCAAUGGAUGUGGAUAACAGCCGUUCAGCGUCUUUGGCAGGGGACAGCAACUCUGUGGAGGAGGAAGCUGACGUGAAGCCCACCGUGUUACCGUCGACUUCAGAAGAGGAAAAAGUGCAGAAAGUCAAAAAAGCUCUGGACUCGACGCGGUCAAGCUCGUCUCCAUCGUCUCAGGCCACAGCCAGCACAGGGAGGGACAGCUCAUCACCAGCAACCGUGAUGAAUGGGAUGAAAGUCGUGAAGCUGUCACAACCUCGAUUUGACAAAGAAAGGUUACGUUCUUCGUCUCAGCCCGUCCCUUCCUCUCCAUCGCCGCCUCUGGUGAAGGUGAAGGAUGAGCCGGUAGACGAAGAGUACGAACUGGCUCAGAUGUCCUCGACGCCUUCGGCCAGCGUGAAGGACGAGCCCAACACGGCAAAGGGGGACUUGAGGAUCGGCUCGGUGUUCUCCGUGACUCCAGCCGCAGAAUCUCCGUCGCUGCCCGUCAUCAACCCCCCGUCGGCGCUCAUGUACUGUUCCAACUGCAAGAAGUUGCUUUCAAAAGGACAGACGGCGUUCCAGAAGAAGGGGAACCCGGCGCUCUUCUGCUCCACCUCCUGCCUCACCACGUCUCUCCCCACGGGCCUCGGACACACAAAGAUCUGCCACAACUGCCAGAAGUUGAUAUUGCGGCCGCAGGACGUCAUUCUGGCUCCAGAUAAUAAAGGAGCCAUGAAGGAGUUCUGCAGUCAGACCUGCCUCACCGCCUUUAACUUCAAGAAAAACCCGGCGCCCUUCAAGGUGUUCCCCAACAGCCCAGAAACCACUCAGCCAGCGGCACCGCCGUCCCUCUGCAGCAUGUGCACCAGAUUCGGUGUGAGCAAACAUGAGGUGAUCCUGAGCGGCUCUGUCCACAAGCUCUGCAGCGACGCCUGCUUUAACCGCUUCCGCACAGUCAACAACCUCGCCAUGGCCGGCUGUGCCAACUGCGGCUCGUAUUGCCACAACAAACCCAUCAUGCUGAAGCUGGAGGACAGCAACAAAACUCUGUGCAACCUCGACUGUCUGGCCAAGUACAAACAGAAAACAAAGUCGACCCUGGCCUGUGCGAUGUGUCGAACCCCCCGGCCGCUGGUAGAAAUGGUCGACAACAAAAACCGAGACGAUUCGGUGAACCUCUUCUGCAGCAGCAGCUGUGUGAUGGCGUACAAGGUCCAGACCGUCAGCGCGUCAGGUUCUCGGAUGAAUUGUGACAACUGCGGGAAGAACACGGUCCCCGCUUACCACCUGGCCAUGUCGGAUACCUCCAUCAGGAACUUCUGCACUCUUCCCUGCGUCAUGGCUUUUCAGGAAAAGUUCAAGAAGUCCCAGAAGCAGGUGAAUGUUUUCACCAAGCUGCCGAUCGGAUCCACACAAAUCCAGCCCGUCGAGCCUCUGCUGCCUCAGCAUGACGUCCCCAAAGGAUCGCAGAAACUGAACUGUGCCCAGUGCAAAAGCAACAUAACCUUCAAACCGGAAGUCAUCCAGAUCAAGGAUAAGUUGGUGUUUGUCUGCAGUAUGGACUGUUCUCACGAGUUCAAGAAAGCCAACUUUGUGACAAGCCUGUGUGAAUACUGUAAGAUUGCAAAGAUCACAAGAGACGUCAAGAGAAUAAGCAACAAAGACUGCUUCUUCUGCAGCGAUGGCUGUAUGCUCCUCUUCAGACACGACCUGACUAAAAGCUGGGGGAAACACUGCAGCGCCUGCGUCUAUUGCCACUCUACGUCCAAGAAGCUGGUGACGGCUCAGUACGGAGGCUCAACGGAGGAGUUCUGCUCCGAGGAGUGCCGGUCCAAAUACACCAUGCUCUUCUGUCAUGUUGCAAAGUGCGACACCUGCGGCCGUAAAGGAAAACUGAAGCAGAGUCUCCCCCUGCUGGGAGAGGUCAAACACUACUGUGACCUGACGUGUCUGCUGCAGUUCUGCUGUGAAAACGCGGCCAAGCCGAGCGAGACACUCAAAGGUGGAGGAGAGGACACUCCGGUCAUUGCCAAUGUGAUGUCUCUUGCUGGUCCUCCAUCAGUGAAAUCCAGUGCUCCUGAGAGAAUUACCCGAAGCACAGCGUCUAACUCUAAGAACUCCGGACAUAUCAGCGUUCAGACGGAUAAAGUAAAAACUCAUCCUCCUCCUGCUCAAAAAAUCCUGAAGAACAAGGCCGUGCUCUGUCGACCGCUGGUGCAGAACAAAGGGGUCUCGUGUAAAACACAAACGGCGGACGUCGAAGCACAAACGGAUGACCUCUUUCCUAGACUCAUGGUUGUGCCUAUCCCAGUCCCGGUGUACAUCCCUGUACCCAUGAGCAUGUACAGCCAGCUAACACCCAAACCUGUCGGCCUGCCGUUACCUCUGCCCGUACCCAUGUUCCUCCCUGUGACCAUGGACAGCGCGGAACAAAUCGUGGAAACCAUCCAGGAGAUCAAGCAAAAGAUCCCGUCCGACCCCUACGAGGCAGAGCUCAUUCUCAUGGCCGAGAUGGUCGCAGAAGACAGCGAGAAGAACAGCAAAGAGGAGAAACCGAAGGCGAAACAGAUGGAAAAAGACAGAGCGAAACAAGAAGCGCCAGAAGACCACAACAGCAACUACAGUGAUGACAUGGACACAGAAGAUUUGGCCAGUUUCCUCAACAACUGGGAGGAGGCCUCGUCUGACGCGGGUCUCCAGUCUCCUAGUCGACCGUACGCCAAUGAGAAGCUCAACCAGAUUCUGGACAUUCCCGUUGGCAUGCCCAACGAGCCUUACUCCGAGCCCCCACCUUCAGCACCGCCUCCCAUGGACAUCGAAGCGGACUUCACUGUUGAAACUCUGGAGAGGAUGGCCCGGCUGAGGGAGCAGUCUCAACGAUCCCCGAGCCCUCCGCCUGCAGCUUCACGGCGACGGCAAGCUCACAGGAAAGCUAGAGAAAAAAGGGGUCGUAAGCCACAGCGUUCAAAGGCAGCUGAAGCAUCGUCUAAGAAGGGCUCUUCCAACAAGAGCGUGGCUGUAGACGUUCCAAAACUCAAGAGUCAAUAUGGAGUAGAUUCCUGGAAACGGUGGAUCCAGUGGAGGCAAACUCAGCCCAACGUGGAGAAGCCACGCUUUGGUUCUCGUCCAAUGGAGUUGAAGGAGGAUAUUCUUCGGUGCACCACUGCUGAGCUCAGCUACGGCUUGUGUUGCUUCAUCAGUGAGGUGAAACGACCAACCGGAGAGCGGUAUUCCCCUGACAGCCUGUUCUACCUCUGCCUCGGCAUUCAACAGCACCUGUUUGAGAACGGCCGUGUGGAGAACAUAUUUAUGGAUGGGUUCUACAAUAAGUUCUCUACUGAGUUCACUAAUAUGCUGAGAGGCUUCAAACCCCAAAUCACAGCAAAAGGUUAUAUCCAUUCCCGUGUGGAGGAGGAGUAUCUGUGGGACUGUAAACAAUUGGGGGCUUACUCCCCCAUCGUCCUCCUCAACACGCUGCUUUUUUUCUGCUGCAAAUUCUUUGGCUUCACCUCGGUGGAGCAGCAUCGUCAGCUGUCCUUUGCCCACGUCAUGCGCUGCACCAAAACAAACGCAAACAACACCAAGACCACUUAUCUGCGCUUCUACCCUCCGAUAUCAAUAAAUGAGGCUGAAUCAGAUCCUGAAGUUCCAGCAAAAAAGAAAAAGGAGGAGGAAAAUAAAGAGGCUGUCCUGGAGAUGAUUGAGAACACAGAGAACCCUCUCCGCUGUCCAGUCAGGCUCUAUGAAUUUUACCUCUCCAAGUGCUCGGAGUCGGUCAAGCAGCGCACCAACCUGUUCUACCUUCACCCCGAGCGCUGCUGCGUCCCCAACAGCCCCCUGUGGUUCUCCUCCACCCCUCUGGACGACAGCACAAUGGAGGCCAUGCUCAUUCGCAUCUUAACCGUCAGAGAGCUGCAUCUCAAGACGUGGCAAGAGGGAGAGGGGAAGCAGGCGGGGAAACCCGAAGAUCCACCGUUUAUACCUGACGGGGAGGAAGAGGAAGAUUCAGAGUGAUGAAGAGCAGCGAGAGCAGAAGUGACCUUUUUACUGGUGCAGCAGCUUGUUGUGAAAAUGUUUUUUGAUUAACUGAAACGUUCAAACAAGAACCAAUAAACAUACAUGAACAGAGAUAAACAUGUUAAUACACACUUGUAUACAUGAAUGCAAUGUACUGAACUGCAGAGGUCAUGCUUUCAAAACUACAUGUUUAUCAGGAAUCACAGAAGAAGAAUUUGUCAAACGCAGUGUCCGGGUAAGUUGGACUUGGGAUCUAAGAUGCAGGACUCAGCUCAGCAGCAUACUGCUGCUCAGCCGGACACAUGGCUGUCCUUAGGGUUUUUUUUUUUCUGCUGAUUGGUUACUUGUCACGAUCAACACUACUUGUUACCGUUCACAUGUUAUGAUUCCUUAAGUUCUCGUGGGUAACAUUGUCCUUGUUUGAAAUAACCUCAAUGAAAAAUGUUGUUUCCUGUUGGAUUCAAUGUUGAAAAAAAAAUCCCACCGCAGAAGACGAACUGAAAAUAUCUUCUGUGAACCCUUUGUGUUCAAUUUCAAACCUGCAGUUUAGUUUCAUUUUUAACAAUUUAACGUUGCCAUUAUUUACUGUCAGUCUGUUAGUGGAAGAGAAAUUAUCAUAAUUUUUUUUUAUUCGUGAGGAUUGUUAAAAAAUUCAUUCUUUUAAUUCAUCGACGAUCUCAGACAUGUUAGAGGCUGGUCCACCUUGCUGUAGUGAAAGGUUGAAGAUAAACUAACCACAUAACCUAGUUUUUGUUUUUUUUAUCCAACUUUGAAAGGUCACUUGAUUGUGCGAUUACUGUGAUCUUUUACUUGUGUCCACUAUUGCAAACAAAAUGUAAUGUACUGUAACCCAAUGUCCAGUAGAUCUUUGGUCAAAAGAGGUUUUGAGUUUAUUUGACUACCAUUAAGAUAAUAAAGCUUUCAUUUAUAGCUUCUAUCACUAUAAACGCUGAUACUCUUUAUACCACAUUGGACAGUUUUACAACCUUUUUGAGUGCCACUUGACCAUAAAAAUAUCCAGUACAGUCCCUUCGUGUAAACCUUGGUUAUAUUAACCCCCCAGACCUUAGAAAAUGGGCACCAGGGUUCUGAGUAUUUUCUAUUGCUUGUUCUUUUUUUGUAAUAAAAAUAUUUAAAAACGUU